UAAUAAAACUCUCUCUUUCUUUCUAUACUCUAUCUCUCUCUAAAGAAUCGCAACCUUCCUUUCAAGGUCUAGGGUUUAUCUGAAAUUCGCACUCUAAUUCUACUGAGCCUGCUUUGAAUCUAUUGUCACUUCUUAUCUCUUUGGCUUCUCCGCCAAAUGCUCUAUCUGGUGAUGCCAUUUUCUCGGCUGGCCGUUAGGAAUCGGAGCCCCGUCGAUGUGAGAUUGUUUUGACUCUUUGUUAAUUGUGCUCAGGAAAUUGUACAUUGCUUGUUGUGCUGUUGGUUGCUAAUAAAAUGGAGAGAAAUGCUGUGGUGGUAGAGAAUCAGCACACUAGCGAUUCAGAUCUUGUCUUGAAGUCUGUGGGAUCAUCCAUCAAGAUUGACUCAAUAUCUAUAGAUCUUGCGAGCAAUAAUGAGAUUGAUGCAGGAAAGUGUGAACAUUUUUCUAUACGUGGUUAUGUGUCUGAAAUUCGCAAAAAAGACUGGAAAAUUUGUCUGCCAUUUGCUUUAGAUGGUAGUCAUGAUAAAUUUGAGGAGCAAGCAUGUACACUUCCUCCGUUACCUGUUUCGAAAUUCAGAUGGUGGCGUUGCCAGAACUGUUUACAGGAAGUUGGUGCUGAAAGCAUAAAAAUUAGUAAUGGAAAUGCCUUUAAUUAUUGUAGUGCUGCAAGAUUUAAAUCUGGUGGCACUUGUUCCCUUGCUCCAUUGCAGCAAUUGGAUUUUCAGCAAGGUCCAAAAUUAAACAUUCUUGAUGGAACCAAGGUUAAUGGUACGAAUGCCACUAAUCUGAAUGAUAAUGAUUGCCAUCCUUCUUCAAGUAAUGAUAAGAAAGAAAAGAAAUCUGAUUCUGCAAACACCCCCAUCAGAGAGCAUGAGAUUGUUUCGGAAGAUAAAACGAGUCUGGAAAUCCUUGUAUCAGCUGGUGCUGUAACAGGAGGUAUUUCUGGAAUGACGACAGCUGGAAGUAAAAAUGCUGAUGACUCAGCAAUAGCACUUAAAGCCUUUUGCAAUGGAUCUGUUGAAUUAGCCAAGCUCGGCUGUGGAAGUUAUGAAAAUACUGAUGUUGAACAACUUGCUGAUCAAAAUCUCAAAAGCGUAGCUAAGAAUUCUUCAGGAAUUUGUCAAACAGGAAAACAGCCAUCAGCUGAAGUUGAACGCUUAAAUGUAGUGGUAAGUUGUGGGAUGUCAGAGGUAAAUGAAAUGGUUAAUGAUGUGAUUGAUGCUGUCAAGAGCACAAAUGAACAUCCUUGCCUGGGAUUUGAUGAGUAUGAUAAUGCAUCAUCUGAAAGUGCUGAGACAUUGCCUGGAAAUGAUCUUGAGGAUCAUCAUGAUGACUCAAGUGGUUCACAUCAUAGAAAAACUCGAAAAGUGCGUCUACUGACUGAGUUGUUGUCUGAAAAUGGAGAUGCAAGCACUAACCUAACCAGGGAUGAAAAAUUUUCAUCCAGUUGUGCUCCUGAUGCAUCUGCUGAGGUAGCUGCACCAUUUACACCCCAAUAUCAGGUGGCUGUCCAACGAAAUGUUUCUCAGGUUUUUGAUCAAAACAGGAAAAGGAAGUUCCCUCAUGACAAAGAAUGGAGGCCUGUAGAGGUAAGCUCCCACAAUAAUUUCUAUAAAAGAGAUAAAACCUGCAAUGAAGUUGCGGAAACAGUUGGUCGACUUGCGAGUGUGGAUUCAGAUGAAGAUGCUGGACCUGGCGUACAAAUUGGUGAAAAGAGCCGUUUGUCUAAAUUCAGGCCCGUUAGAAGUCCGACUAUGAGUAAGAAGAAAAACAAAAAAGGCCAGGCUGUUGAUGAUUUUUUGUCCCUGGCAUUACCAUCCCAAGAAAAUGUGCUGAAAGAAUAUCAGAAUAAAGCUGGGGAUGUUAAUAAGGUCAGGGUUGCUGAUGCUGUCUUGUCUGAAUCUGGCCACACUACAUUUACAAGCGGGGGGAUACAUCCUUUUCAUUUGCCUCCCCAGAAAACAGAGAGAAAUUCCAGUUUAUGCAAGAACAGAAGCAAGAUGCCACUUUUUGAUGAUGGGCAAGCCUCUCUAAUUUCUUGGAGUAAUGAUCUUCUCAGAGGAAGUCCGUUAACAAGGAAGGAUACAAAAAUCAUACAAAUGCCAUCUGUGACUGCUCCAUUUCAGUCAGUGCAAGAUGUAUCCACCGAAAAGGGACCACAUCUUACCCUAAACAGCUGCUUGUCCACCCAAGGAUAUGACAGAAGAUAUAUUUCUCCAUUUGAAGACCGCAUAUUGCUUCGGCAAGGGGAUAUCUCAAAAGAAAACCAGGUCACGGGGAGAGAUACCCAGAUAAACUACAUUGGAGAUUCUUAUUUUCCAUCUAAGUCAGAGCCAGAUGCAUAUCAAAGAAAAGUGAAUUGUGAUCUCAGCACUAAUACCUUUAGAACAUCUUUUCUGAAUGAGAAGCAAAAGUCCAUAUCGCGGGCUGAAACAGGGAGCUGUUCCCUCAUGCAGCAAAUAGAUUUUUCUGGUAGACAUAACAAUGUGAAAUCUACAGAAACACUGGAACAUUCAGCACUUACUAAGAAACAUUGUGAUCAACAUGCUGAUGAGGUGUCUGAACAAGGCGUUAUCGAUGACAUAACCAUGGAAAUUGUUGAACUCAUGGCAAAGAAUCAGUAUGAAAGGUGUCUUCCUGAUGUUGUCAAUGAUAAUUGUCAAUCAGCAACAACCAGUAACACUAGUGACGCUCAGAUAUAUGCAAAGGGGGAGUUUAACUUAUUGUUGGGGCAGACUGCUCACAAACCAGAACCUCAAGCUAAAAGUAGUAAAAAUGGCAAGAUACCAAGAGUUGGAAGUACCAAAAAGAAGUCAGUUGAUUGCUUUUCUCAUGUCAAUAGAGAACCGCUCAAGUUGCACCAGUUGGAAACUAGUGCCCCUACAGAGUUUGGGGCAUUUCCUCACUGUCAGGAGAGGCUACCAAGUGGAGUCAAAUUUUCUGAUUACAAUUUCUGCAAGCAUGGAGAUUCUCAAAAUUGCAAUUGGAAUGGGAGUAUAUUGGGGUGCAGGCCCUCUCAAGCUACUGUGCAGACUUUAGGAGAUUGUAGCACAUACCAAAGUGUUCCACAACAGAAUAAAGGAGCAGCUCAUCUUUUGUCAUCCAUGGUGCCAAAUCACAUGCCAUUUGUAUAUAGCAUUGCUCAAAAACAUGCAGAUCCAUCAAGCAACAUAGAUGCACUUUCACAUUAUCCCAACAAUCUGUCCAAGGGAAACUUAAAUGGAAAUCACAGUUUAAACUUCCUGAAUCUAAAUGCUACUAGCUCUGAAAAGCAUAAUAGAAACUCUGAUUCUGAAAAUAUCAGCAGGCCACAAGCUGAGUAUCCACUUGCAUGUAGACAUAGCAGGAUGGGAUCACUAGAUCUGUAUUCUAAUGAAACUAUAUCAGCAAUGCAUUUACUGAGUCUCAUGGAUGCAGGAUUGCAGUCCGGGGCACCAACUGAUACUGAUGGGACACCAAAGUUCCACAAAAAACCUUCCCUUUUUCCUGAUCAUCAUUCCAAGGACUUCUCUGGGCUGUUGUCUGGCGCAUACAAGACCAGCAGUACCAUGAAAUCCCCAUUAUAUGAUUUUUUUGGUAAAAAUCACCUUACAGGGAAUUCUCAUGGAUACAUUACUUCCAUGUCAACCGUUGGUUCUUCUGGUUUUUCACUUCAGCAUGAUAAAGGUGUCAAGAAGACCACUGAUUUUAUAGCUCAAGCGUCACUUCGGUCCCAAGAGGACGAGAAAACUAAUGGCUCCAAUUCACCUUCAAAAAAUAAAUGCCAUAGAUCUCAAAAAUCGGUGCUUGGAACUGGUGGUUCAAGCACAAAUCAUGGGUCCAUUCCUUUUAAUAAGCAGAAAAUGUUCCUUGGCACGUCAGAUUCUAUGGCCUUCCCCUUACAGCGCCAUGUAAUGGAAAGUGCAUCAAAACGUAAGUUGGAAGCCUGCAAUCGUACUAGUGGUGUUUUGCCUCUGAAAAGCAGUUCCAAGACUGAUAUAUGCAGUGUUAACAGAAACCCUGCUGAUUUUAGCAUGCCAGAAGCAGGAAAUGUUUACAUGAUUAGAGGUGAAGACCUAAAAUUUAGAAAGCCAGACUUUUCUGAGAAUAAAUCUGGCUUAAUUAAAUUGGAUCGGCACAAGCGACAAAGGAAGCUUACUGCUGCAAAAGGUAAAGUCUGAAGUAUCAUGCUAGCUACCUCAAUACAGGAGCAUUGCAAAGGUCAGAUAGCAAAUAUUGUAAUCCUGUGCUGCGCAGAAGCUGAUAUUUAUAAAAAAAAAAACAAUAAUUCCAUUUCCACCAACUUUUGAUCAAGUUGGCAUUUUUAAUGUCCAAAGCUGGCUGUGGGGUGAGGCCUGUAUAUACUUACAUAGACCUUAACCUUUCAAGAAUACAUAUAGAUGCAUGUACCUUUGAAUUUGGUGUUGUAUGUUGUACUGUAGUAGGGUUUGUAAAAGCCAACAGCGCUUGUUUGUUACUUUUGACUGUUUAUUUCUGUGCUCAGUCCCGGGCCAAGAACUGGAAUUGAAGAGAAAAAAGAACAGGGGGUUUCUCAAUAAACUGAUAUAAUAUUUGGAUGCA